AUGUCUCCCAGGAUCACCCGCUCGGCUGCACGACUCGCGGCAGACCAACCCUCGUCGACUUAUCUCCCUGCAUCCUCUCCCGCUGUAUCACAUCCCCAACCUCCGCCACCUCCCGCACAGGCGCGGAAACGAAAAGCUCCCACUACCACGCGACCGUCGAGAUCGUCAAACGACCAGGAGCAGCUGCUCCCCGCUUCCCCACCCCGGCGAACUAAAAGAGUGAAACUUGCUGGCCCAUCUACCGACCUUUCAGCCCCUCUGCCCCAAAGUCGGGUUGGUGCCAGACAACAACCACCUGCAAUGUCCCAACCUGGCCCCUCUUCACGUCCCUCGGAUGACAAUUCGAAAACACCUGCCUCAUCUUCCACUCCUCCUAGACAGCGCCCAAGUAGGACUAAGAAACCCCCACAAGAUACUCCUUCCAACCAAACUUCCCCUUCACGACGCCACAGAAAACGUCUUUCGAAACGUCAGUCGGAGUCAGAUGUGGCCAUGAAGGAACCCGAAGAACACCAACAUGAGGAGGGGCUGGAAACGAAAGCUGAGGCGCAACCAUCCCCUCUUAGUGAUUCGAACGACGGCCCACAUCCAUCUGGUAUGACAGAUGAUGAAGAGGGAGACACUUUCCGGAGUAAUCUAUUCGGCACGCGAAGCCCCAUGGCCCUGCAGAGUACUCUACGAGCCUUGAGUGGCUUGAUGGCUGGAACAUCAUCUCGACUACGUGAUAUCCUCAAUAACCUACGGAUUAAGGAGGAUCCGUCGAUCCAACUAAUUGCUUUACAGGAACUUUCAGAUCUAUUGCUUGUUUCCAACGAAGAUAACCUAGCGGGGCAAUUUUCUCCCGACCCUUUCGUUAAGGAGCUGGUGAAGUUGAUGCAACCCAGCGAGACAGGGGAAGAAAAUCCUGAAAUCAUGCUCCUUGCAUGUCGUAGCUUGGCGAACUUGAUGGAAGCCCUUCGAGGAUCUGUUGCAAACGUUGUGUAUGGUGGUGCAGUACCGGUUCUUUGUCAGAAGCUACUGGAUAUACAGUUCAUAGACCUUGCGGAACAAGCUCUGAGUACACUUGCCAAGAUCUCCGUUGAUUUCCCUACAUCCAUUGUGCGUGAAGGAGGCCUCACUGCAUGUCUCUCCUACUUAGACUUCUUCCCCACAAGCACCCAGCGUACUGCUGUGAUAACGGCUGCAAAUUGUUGCCGCAAUUUACCUCAUGAUUCGUUCCCUGUUAUCCGGGAUGUCAUGCCAACAUUACUCAAUGUCCUUUCCAGCAAUGACCAAAAGGUCGUAGAACAGGGAUGUCUGUGUGUUUCUCGGGUGGUUGAAAGUUUCAAAUAUAAACCAGAGAAGCUGGAGCAAUUGAUUGAACCCGACAUGUUAAAGGCUAUUCUUCGGCUCCUUCUACCUGGCACCACGAACUUGAUCGGGCCUCAUAUACAUACCCUAUUCCUCCGCGUGCUAGCCAUCACUGCCAGAUCCAGUCCGCACUUGUCGGUUGAGCUUCUGAGAAUGAAUGUGGUUGAUACAUUGUACCAAAUGCUGACGGGGGUCUCUCCCCCUUCCGAGACUGGUGGUCCGAUCAAAAUCGAUAGUGUGCACAUCAUGCAAGCUCUGAUCCAUCGCCCACGAGAGCAGAUAUUUGAGACGUUGAAUGUUAUCUGCGAGCUUCUCCCUGGUGUUCCGAACGAGGAGCUAGCCCUUUCCGACCAUCAUCUGCAAGCGAGUUUUGAAAGCGAUAUUUUUCCACUUUCCAAGACGCCUCGAGCAAAGACAUCGGCCGAGCAAAGAGUGAAACUCCUCAAAGGCUGCAAACAAGAGAUUAAGCGUUUCGCUACAAUAUUACUACCAACACUAACAGACGCUUAUUCUAGUACGGUGAAUCUGUCAGUGAGGCAAAAGGUGCUUAUGGCGCAGUUGAAAAUGCUUCAGAAUCUUGAUUCUCAAAUUAUCGAGGAUGCCCUACGCACUGUUCCAUAUGCCUCAUUUUUGGCUGCUAUUCUGUCACAGAAGGACCAUCUGUCUCUUGUUGCCCUGGCUCUACAGUGUGCGGAACUGCUCUUUGAGCGCCUCAAAGACAUUUAUCAAUACCAGUUUCAUCGCGAAGGGGUAAUCACCGAAAUCACAAAACUUGCCGAAACUCCGCUGUCUGUUAAACCUGACCGUCAUCAAGAUUCCAAACCCGAAGUAGAUCUUGAAAAUGGGCGUUCCUCCGACAAGAGCCAUGAGAGUUCCGAGGAUGAGGAAGAAAAGGAUCGAGGUAUGAAUCAUGACGAGGAGAGCCAGGAUGAUGAGGAUGAUGAGGAUGAUGAGGAUCACGACGAGGACAACGAUGAAAUGUCCGAAUCAGAUAGCUCUUCAUCCGUAUCAGGUGGGCCCAUUUCUCGAACGGCUGACUCGGCGCUCCACGAUUUUGUCACUUGCAGCGCCGGGAGAUUUCUCCGAAUAUAUGAUGGUAGCAAGGGCAAAGGCAUGCAUGAUAAAGCCCUAGAAAUUCUUCAGUCUCUACAGGCACUUGUCGCAGAUAUCAAAGCCUGUUACAGCAACGUGAAACCUUCCAAUGGCUAUGCGCUGUUCCAAAGAUUGGCAACCUACUUCGAUGGGGAUGCGCUUGAAAGUAUUACAAGUUCUGAACUACUUAGCUCGGGUAUCAUUCAUGUUUUGCUGGAUGUGAUUAACAAGAAGGAUGAAGGCGAGACAGGAAUUAAUGGUCCCAAUACUCUAAAUUUCAUAUCAGCUAAUUCUCUAUCUUCUGCAGCACCCGGAAAAGAUGCCAGAAUAGAUUUUCUCCGAGCAUUCAUGGAAUCGGAUAUCUCAACGGCGACCGUUAGCAAAACCGGCUCGCCUACGACCCCCUUCAGUGUUUUGAUCCAUAAACUCCAUGACCUUCUCAGCCGAACGGAACACUUUGAAGUAAUCACUGUCAACCACAGCUCUCUGGACAACAGGAACGCGACAUCCAUGCUUUCGAAACAACUGCGACUCCGCCUGAUUGCUGAUGAUGAGUCCGAUGUUCCUAAACCAUAUAAAAAUAUAAUGGUAUCGAUCCACGCAAUUGCAAAUUUUAAAGCUCUUGACGACUACCUUCGUCCUCGAAUCAGCCUGUCUGAACGUCCCAGAGGUUCACGGAAUCGUGACACUAUAUUUUCUCAGCUCUCUAGUUCCUCUAGGCCUAGAGACACCCCUGGAAGUGGACCUGAGACAACAUACUCUGGAGGGCUCGAGCCACCUACUUUACCUCCCCCGCCGCCACAGCCAGACACCUCCUCCAGAAGCACACGAGUGCCAGAUAGAUCCAAGCCUCAGUCUUCCACGCAGACAGCGUCAUCUGGAGGUUCUGAGGAGCCGUCUCGCCGAACGAGGCGCCCAAAUCGGCAUCAACCACCACCUCCCGACGAUGAAACAGAUGGCACUGAUGAGCCCCUAGAAUGCGCUGAUGAGAGACAUCUGACUGAUGAUGAUGAAGGGGAAGAAGAGGAUGAUGCGUUGGAUGCCAUUGUUGAUGACCUCGAAGAUGAUCUCUCUGAUGAAGAAGUUUCAGAUCCGACGGCUGUUAACUUGGAGGUUGCUGCGACUGGGAAAGUAACUGCGCAUAAAGAAGACGGAACCAGGAUUGCAACACCACAACAGUCAACCCCGACGGGGCGGCCAUCAUCUUCUGCCCCGACGUCUAGCCAAUCUCUAGGUGGUUCUUUGGCAUUUGCUGGUCGGCCAUUCUCUUAUGCCGCCGCAAUUGCUUCUAUCCCGCAGGACUGGCACAUCGAAUUCCGUGUUGAUGACAAACAAAUCUCCCAUGAGACGACGGUGUAUCGAGCAAUUCACCAUAAUAGAAAAAAUUUGAGCGAUUCUCUCUCGCGUAAUGUGUGGUCCAUAGUUCAUACGAUCAAGUACAAGCGCGUUCAAGGACCCCCGCCGCCGGAACCGUCCGCGUUGAGCCCAACUUCUAGCAAUCUAUCAUUAGAGAAGUAUUCCGGUGGAAUGCCAGAGUCCCUGAGUCAGAAUCCAACGACGGCAUCCAUCCUUAGGCUGCUUGGGGUUCUACAUGGAAUGAACGCCCAGCUGGACGACAUCUUAGCAGAGAGCAACUGUCAGAUUAGAGUUGUUAAAGAACCUCUCUCACAGUUUCUUAAUACGAAGCUUACAGCCAAGCUCAACCGACAACUCGAAGAACCAUUGAUCGUGGCUAGUAGCUGCCUCCCCAGUUGGAGCGAGGAUCUUGCGCGCCAUUUUCCAUUCCUCUUCCCAUUCGAAACUCGACACCUCUUCCUACAAUCAACAUCCUUCGGCUACGCACGCUCCAUGGUGCGAUGGCAAGGGUCGCAGUCCGAUGAAAAUCGACGAGACCAGCGACGUGAUGAUCGCCCGUAUGCAGGGCGUCUACAGCGACAGAAAGUCCGCAUCUCCCGAUCUCGCAUCCUAGAUUCGGCCAUGAAGGUUAUGGAGUUGUACGGCUCGUCGCCCAGCGUUCUUGAAGUCGAGUACUUUGACGAAGUUGGCACGGGUCUCGGCCCGACGCUGGAGUUCUACUCAACCGUUUCAAGAGAGUUUUCGCGGAAGAAGCUCAAGCUAUGGCGAGAACAUAAUUCUCAUGACAAGAGCGAUUUUGUCUUCAACAAACUGGGUCUCUUCCCCGCGCCUAUGAGUCGCGAGCAGGUAUCAUCGGAGGCGGGUAAGAAACAGCUUCAAUAUUUUAAGGGACUCGGCAAAUUCGUCGCUCGAUCGAUGUUAGAUUCAAGAAUUAUUGAUAUCGCGUUCAACCCGAUAUUCUUCCGCAUUGGCGGCGUGACUCCAUCAGCUGUGAUCCCAACUGUUACGACCAUCAAGGCUGUGGAUCCUGAACUCGCCAACUCACUCAUGCUCUUGAAACGAUUCACGGCCGCACAGGCUGCCAUAAAUGCUGAUGAUUCUCUUAGUGCUGAUGGAAAAGCUCGAGCGCUAGAUGAGCUUACUGUCGACGGCGUUCGGGUUGAGGAUUUGAGCUUGGACUUCACGCUGCCAGGGUACCCAUCGAUCCAAAUGAUUCCACAUGGUUCCUCUAUUGCCGUGACGAUGGAUAACGUAGGGUCGUAUAUCAGCAAAGUCAUCGAUAUGACGCUGGGCAGUGGCGUCCAGGCGCAGAUCGAUGCGUUCCGUGCUGGAUUCUCACAGGUGUUCCCUUACUCGUCCCUUCAGUCAUUUACGCCCGACGAGCUCGUGAUGUUGUUUGGGCAAGUUGAGGAGGAUUGGUCAAUUGAGACGUUGAUGGACUCGAUGAAAGCAGACCACGGCUUCAACAUGGACAGCAAAAGCGUGCGCAAUUUAUUACACGUCAUGAGCGAAUUUACAAAGCAAGAGCGUCGCGACUUUUUGCAAUUCGUCACAGGUAGCCCCAAGCUUCCAAUUGGAGGCUUCAAAAGUCUAACUCCAAUGUUCACCGUCGUCUGCCGCCCAAGCGACCCUCCGUAUAUGCCGGAUGAUUAUCUUCCCAGCGUAAUGACAUGCGUCAACUACCUCAAAUUGCCCGAUUAUUCCACCAUCGACAUCCUCCGUCAACGGCUCAAUGUUGCUAUCCAUGAGGGCCAGGGGGCAUUUCAUCUGUCUUAA